AUGUCGCCACAGGCUCUGUCGCCACAGAGCACCGGCACAAUGAAGAAGAGUUUCAGCAGUGGCACAUUGCAGAAGUCUGGACAGGCUACGAUCACAAGCCCGAUGGCAGCGGACAUAGAGAUGCCGAAACUUCCAAAGUAUCUCAAUGUUACCAACCUGACGAAAUUUAGGAAGCUGCCGAGCAGCACAGGCAACCUUCAUGGUUGGCUGGCAGAGGACUACAGUCAGAUCAACUGGCCACUGCCGAAGAUGUUCGGCAAGGAGAAGUAUGGAUACAGUAUGAUCGAUAUAGACGAUCCUCGGUAUAUCAAGGAGUGCGCCUUGAUGUCUCAAAAGCUCAUACGGUUGCACUAUGAUCAGCAGAUCAUUGACUACACGUGGAGAAACACGUAUAAAGCCCUACUGACCGCAGAGCACCGCCAGGCGACUUUGCCGAACAACUGUGCUCAGAAAACAAGGGACUUGAUGAAAAAGGAGGUGGAUUCUUGCAUGAAACAGUUGCUGGAACUACAACAGCAGAAGGACAUGUACGAGCAGCAGAUCAAAGAAAUCUACGAUAGAUGCGAUGCUAUCAAGGCAACCAUCAAGAAGGAGAACGACUUGGAAGAUCUCCGGUUAACGAUGGAGAAGCAGACCAAGGAGAAGAUCUCCAGUGACUCGCCUUUUUGGAAGGCCAAGUUCAAUAUCCGCUCUGUGAAUGCGCCGCCGAGGGGUUCUGGCGCUGGAUCAAUCGACUACUAG